CAGGGUCCUUAAGCAGCCAUCAUAUGGAGUAAAGAAUUACAACUCAGAGAAGGUCAGGAUGGUCCAGAAAAUAAUAAAUAAGAUCGUCGGUGCCAAAUACAUAUCUAUGUUAAGGACGUGGGUACCAAAUAUGGUUGCCUGGGGAACAGUGGGCAGCGUGGCGCUUGUUCACUUCACAGACUGGCGACUAGUGCUAGACUACGUACCAUACAUCAAAGGGAAGUUCGUAAAGGAUGACUAAAGUCUCAUUCAACUAAAUUGACCAGAGCUUGGGGAUGGGCGCAUGGGUGGAUUGCUUUCACAGCGCGAGAUAAAGUGUGAUGAAGCCUUGGCUCAACAAUCGGUCACUGAGGGCUUGUUAGAAGUUUGGACUACGGGAUAUACUCUGUAUAAAUGAUGUUUUUGAUGCAUUAUUAUUUAAUGUGAAUAAAUCUGUGAUGUACCCAAUGUGUCCACUUAUUCUGUAAAAUCUCAACCAUUAAAAUAUUUUGUUUAAACUG